AUGUACAACAAGACAAUUGGAAUUACCUUUUUGGUAAUGAUGAUGUUAUGCGGCAGCUUUGUGUAUUCAUCAUCAUCAUUGUCAUCAUCGGAACAGAUAGUGGUACAAUUCGAUACAUCAGUUGAUUGUUCAAAACAAUCAUGUGAUUUUAAUGAUCCAAGCAUGUGGAUUGGUGGUGUAGUACCAGAUGCAGCUGGAUAUGUUGCAUCGAUCGAUUAUACUGCACCUGGUUCAUCUUUGGAUGGUGUUCAAGCAAUCUCUUCAACUACCUUUAAUUUGAAAUUGGAUUCGAUUAUUAUCAACUCUGUGGUACAGUCGUUGGUGCAAUUGACACUCUUGAAUCAUGUAAUGUUGUUUGAUACGAUGAAUGUUGGUGCAGGCUGCACUAUACUGGUACUUGAAAACUCGACUCUCACCAUUGCCAACAAUCUCAGUGUCGCCGACCAAGGUACAGUCUAUGUUAGCCAAGACUCUAGUGUGAUGGUCGGUACAGCCUCCUUUGACAUUGGAUCGAGCUACACUCAACAAGUCAACGGAUACUUUUCGUCUAAUGGCGGUGCCUCGAUUUGGGGGGAAUUGACAUUGGUUGGAGAGACAUCGUUUGCUCUCUAUGGCACUGGCAAUGUGGUUGGUGGACUAUUGACGACUGGACUACACGGCAUUGCACUCUUUUCAGACGUGUUGGUUACCCAGUUGGGAUAUGUUGACGUGCAAGGUAGUUUGGUGGUCACGGGUACACUCGAGUUGAGUCGUGCUGCCAGUGUUGUAGUCAAUUACAAUGUGUCGGUUGUGCCAGGUGGAUCGAUUGUGCUUGGGGAAUACUCUACCUUUAAACAGUCGCCUUCCUAUGCCCCCGCACCAGCCCAAGGCCCUGUGAUUGUGCAAAUCGACAAUGUCAUUGGACAAGCCAGCAGCCAGAUAUCGAUCGGUCGCGCCGACGAGCUCAACCUCGGCACGCUCGAUCUUGACGGUCAACUCCAAAUCACCACACUCGUCGAUUUCACCGAUAUCAUGGGACCGGCAAACAUCUCCCAGCUCAUACUCCAAGCAACCACAUCGGUUAAUGCAGACCUCCAUUUCGCCAUUUACACAGGUCACGUCAACAUCUCACAAAUCUACUCGUAUUUCACGGUUGGACAACCAUCAACCGUCUCGAUUGUAUUUGACCAAAGUAGUUUACUCGUAGACACUCCCAUCACCUUGUACAAUACAAUUUUGACUGUUUCAAUGCAGUCAGUUCUAAAUAUCACAACUGGUUUCUUUUCGCUGUCCAAUGACUCGCAAGUCAUUGUCAAUGAUGGUAGUUCACUCAACUUGUACGACACUCAAUUCACAACACCCAAUAUCACAACUGGAACAGGUUCAUCAGUAUCUAUUACCAACACACAAAUGGACGGUAAUAUCCUACUCAACCAUGGUAGCAGUCUACUUGUCAACCAGUCGACCAUUACCGGAGACAUCUCUGCCGACGAUGCCAAACUUUUGUUUAUUGGACAAAACGGCAGUCUCUCUUCCGUAUCGGGUGGUCUCUAUGUCUAUUCACAAGCAACCAUUGGUAUAACCGUAGACAGUCUUUCUACCUCCUACGGAGGGGUACCUCUAUCAGCCGGUAGUUUUGAACUCAACGAUGGUACACUCUCCCUCAACACACUCCAACCACUCAACACACUCCAAGUUGGACAAGCCUACUUUAUCGUACAAGCAACCGAAUCAUUGAUCGUCAUACCAACCCAAUGUACCAUUCAAUUCACAUUACCAGCAAACCAAAGUUACAAAUUUAGUCUUAUUCCAAAUUUUGGAAAUGGUUUGAAAUAUUUGAUUUUCGAAAUUUUCCAAUCAUCCAACUAA